UCACACACGCUCCCGUGUUGACAUAACACGCGCGAUCUUCAACUGUUUUACUCCAAACAGCUGUUCGACUCGCGCGUUCGCCUGAGCGUCUUUUGUUUUUCGCAUUCGAAAACCGAGGAAAAAAGUGAGGGGAUUACUUCUUUUGUUUCAUUACCGUUCGAAGAGCGUUGAAUGUGUGAAAAUGCGAAGCUAUUGGUGACUAAGUGUUCGAUUUUUGAAUUUUUGUGUUUAUAAAAAAGUGAGAAAACAUUUUCGCGCGUGAAACUCAAAUUGUGAGGUACUGAAAGUUUGUUUAGUGUCAAAAUGAUGCGUUCGUUGAAUUGUGUGUCUCCGAACAGUUUCAAAAUAACUGCGCCAACGGAAAGUACGGAGGUAUUCGCGAUUGACACUUCUAUGGCGGGAUCGAGACGAGACUUGGAGUCCCAAUGUACCUCUAACUCAACAGAGAGAAAACACAGCCUUUGGUGGAAUGUGUUCCUCGACAUUCCCAUCAUUGCAGCCGUUGUCAUCGUGGUCGGUCUGUACGAGUUCGCCAUCAUCCCCUCCCACAAAAGCGGGUUCUUCUGCAACGACCCGAAGCUGAGCUUCCAGUUCAAGGGAGACACUGUCAACGAAGUGGUGCUGGUCACUACUGUCUUCUUCAUGCCUUUAAUAGCUUUCUUCAUAACCGAAAUCAUCCUCCUGGACUCCAACUACCUCCGGUCUCGGCCACUAGAAGCUCUCAAGAGGACCGGUCUGCUGUACCGGAACUAUAUCUACGGUUUCAUCUUCAACCUACUCGUUGUGGAGAUCCUGAAGGGCCUCAGCGGGAUGCCGAGGCCGAUAUUCUUUGAUAUGUGCAAGCCGGACACUGGGGUUAAUUGUACCACGGGCGAGUAUAUUGAUACCUUCGAGUGCACGUCAUCCUACUCCUGGUGGAAGCAGUACGACUCAUACCACAGCUUCCCAUCUGGUCACACUUCUAUGUCGGUCUACUGUGGACUUUUUAUCGCAUGGUACCUCCAACGGCGCGCGUUCUCCUGGUCUUCUCGGAGCAUCUUCCUCGUCCCUCUGGUCCAGAUCUGCUGCAUCGGUUACGCUGCUGUAUGCUCCCUGUCCAGAAUUACGGACCACAGGCAUCAUUGGUGGGAUGUCGCUGCGGGGAUGGUUGUUGGAGUGGUAACAGUUCUGUUUGCAAUAUUCCCCAUCGGCGACAAUUUUGCACAAGUGAGAGUAGCGAGUGUUCCAAAGACCCAGCAUUCCAGCACAGACCUGCUUUAUGUGACUGCAAGAAGACCUGUGUCGUAAUACAUGUUACAGGUGUUUUCUGUCUGACAAUGGUCUUUUCAAAAAAAAAUAAUGACUUACUUUCUGCGCUGGCUCAGCGACCAGAAGAAGAUUUUGGCCUUCACACACUAGACUUCGAGCAAAUGCGCUCCUGAGCCAAUGUGUCGCCACAGAAUAUA